UUUAGGGUCGCCCUUCGUUUUGAACUUGUGUCCUGUGAGUCUGGGUGUUAAAGUUGCUUUUGGUGGCCGCAUUUCUUAGACACAUUAAAAGCUGGUUCCUCUGUGCCAGUUCUCAAAACGUAGGAGGAAAUUCUCCUGGCACGGAAAGCUCCAGACAGCUUGUAAAACCCCUGCAGCCCGAGGACUUCUUGCGGAUGCCAUUGCGGACCCUGAAGGACGCGGAGGGGCAGAGAGGGGAAGCAGUCUGACACUCCCCCCCAAGGUGGGCGCACCACAGAGCCGGAAACCCCGGGGGGUCAAAGGCCACUGCGUGGCCGCCUGAGGAACCUGGGAUGUCAGGACCAAGGCCUGUUGUCCUGAGUGGACCUUCUGGGGCCGGAAAGAGCACCCUGCUCAAGAGACUUCUGCAGGAGCAUGGCAGCAUCUUCGGAUUCAGCGUGUCCCACACCACGAGGGACCCGAGGCCUGGAGAGGAGAAUGGCAAAGAUUACUACUUUGUGACCAGGGAGGUGAUGCAGCGGGACAUUGCUGCCGGGGACUUCAUCGAGCAUGCCGAGUUCUCGGGGAACCUGUAUGGGACUAGCAAAGCGGCUGUACGAGUGGUGCAGGCCAUGAACCGGAUCUGCGUGCUGGACGUGGACCUCCAGGGUGUGCGGAACUUAAAGAAGACCGACCUGAGGCCCAUCUACAUCUUUGUGCAGCCACCCUCGCUGGAAGUCCUGGCACCUCAGGAACAGAGGUUGCGGCAGCGGAACACGGAGACAGAGGAGAGCCUGGCCAAACGGUUGGCCACUGCGCAGGCAGACAUGGAAAGCAGCAAGGAACCCGGUCUGUUUGACCUGAUCAUUGUCAACGACAACCUGGACAAGGCCUACUGGAGCCUGAAGGAGGCACUCUCGGAGGAAAUCAAGAAGGCCCAAGGGACUGGCUGCUCCUGAGGAUGCCAACGGCUGUGUCCUCCCUGGACAGGACCCUGCACCCACCCUGGUGGCCAGGGUGCCCCUGACAAGGUUGGCUCUGCCAGCCUCUUUCUGGGUGCCCCUGAUCAGUCCCACUCUCCUGUGGGAUCUGGGCCCGCAUCCUAAUAAAGAGCUGCUGGUUAGAGUGUC